AUGCGGACACGUCCACUUUGCAAAAACACGGAGUCGUCGCUGAGCAGAACCGAUCCAGGCUUAGACUCUCUCAGCCUUUCUGAUCAUUCAAACGGUAGCGUCGCAGCACUGCAGGCUCCUGCAGCUGCAUGUACCAGCGAUUUGAAUCAAGCGUUCCUCUCGUACUGCCUUGAAUUACUGCCGCGACGACAACUCAUCGGUAGGAUAAAACUAACCUGUCUCACGACGGUCUAA